AUGCGCAUGUCCUGCUCGAUCUCUGGCCCCAGCUUGGUGCCCAGCAGAUGGCUGGAGCUGGUGACAAUCACACACUGGUGGCAGCAGGAGGGCUGUGAUGCCUUCGGUGUUGCUUCACUUCUUGAGAUUGAUAGACCUGUGGAUGCGGUCCCCACAGGGAGGCUUAAUGGAAGACCUCAAUGGCACUGUUGGAAUCUCUCUCCAGCACCUGCUUACGGCCCCUCCUCGCUCCCCGCGCCAACAAGGCCCAGCAAAGCCGUAGGCGACGCCGUGGGAGGCGCCGCCGGAACCGCGGGAAAGUGCGGGGCCGGGAGGGGGAGGCGCGGCGGGAACUCGUACGCAUGCGCACUCCGCCGGCUCACCCACCCCGCCGAGCACCCUAGCAACCGGGUUUCAAGCCAGCUUGUAGCCCGACUAAAUGGCUUGCCCAGGAGUUCUAGCCCCACCAGCCCGUUUUGGGUUUUCCCCGUCUACGGUCUCUCUUGCCAUUUCUGCUUCUCCCCCCCACUGGUUCCCUUCGCCCUCAUGGUGUGUCCCCGAGCGCCUGAGCCGACUUCUCGAAUGAGUACUCGUGGUUUCCAAGUGGGAACCAACCACUGGCGCCUCAGGCCUGCCCUCGCCGGGCUGAGGUGGCUACUGGGGCUGGCGCUGCUCCUGGGGCCGGGCCGCCCGUUUCACGGCUUCCUACUUCCCCGGGUUGGCCCCAGUCAACUACGCGAGGCGGCCGGAGAGACCGCAUCCUGCAAGGUGAGGACCAGAGGGAGGGAAGAAGAUGGGAGGGAAGGCUUCGGGGAGGGGCCUGGGGCAGACCCGGGCCGACGAGGGUCUCCUCCGCCCGGAAUGCCAAUGCCCUCCCUGUGGGCGUGUCUCAGGGUCUCUAUCUUAGCCUCCCGCCGGUCGGAUCCAGAUCUCUUUUUCCUCUGUGUUCCUCCAAUUCUCUCAGCAUCUCCUCCUCCCUUACAGCUCCUCCCCGUCCCCCUCCUGCUCGGCUCCUCACCCCGCCCCUUCCCCUCUGUUCCGUGCACGUCAAUCUCAGCUCCUCUCCCUUCCCCUCCUUCCUGGGUGCCCCCUUUACCCCUCCCUCUUACCUCCUCCUCCCCUCCCCCUCCUCUCGGCUCCUCCUCUGGUCCCUUCCCCUCUGCUCUUGCAUCUCUCUUUCACCCUCUCCGCCCUCUAAGCUCCUCCCUCUCCCUCUCUCUAUUGGCUGCCCCUCCCCCCUCUUAG